UGAUGAGUGGAAGUCUCAUAUUUUAUUAUUUUAAUUUAAAUUAUUAGACAAUUCAGUCCUUAACUGAUUCUCGCAGUGAUUCUGUGUCUACCACUCGACGCGUUUGAAGUUUUAAGACAAUGUCGGUCUCAGAUAUGACAUCACCUGAAGUGAGGUGCGACUCAUAUAACCUGAAUGUGGAGGAGAAGCUAAAAGUUGAUCGCAAGAAAUUCGAGGCACUUCUUGAGGGAAACGAUCCCGAGUUUGGAACCGCUGAUGCAUUCUUUGCAUACAUUAUGGAUGAAUUCCCGUCAGUUGUGAUCACUUGGCCACCGAAGUUGAAGUCGGGAACCAAGUCCAAGAAAGACCCGCACGUGAAGAUAUCGGGACUCCCUUUUAUGGUGAGAGCGGCCAAACUUAAGAUAUUGGGUACUUUGGACCCGACCCGGGAUCGACUGACUCUUAAGAUGGACGUGGACUGGACGGCGCACUCGCAUGUGAUCGGCAAAGCGGGCGCUUCCAUACAGAAAGUAAUGGACAGCACUGGCUGUCACGUGCACUUCCCUGACGCCAACCGCACCAACAGCAAUGAAAAGUCUAAUCAGGUGUCUAUCGCUGGAUCAGCUCUUGGCGUUAACAAGGCUCGCGUUGCCAUCAGAUACUUACUGCCAAUUGUGGUCUCAUUUAAUCUGAUAGUUAGUUGUGGCAGUCGUUCGGCAUUUGUCGAGCGACUCAAUCGAGUCAUACAAUUCGUUGAGAAUAUGACUUCCACUCAGUUUACACUUCGAUUCAACGCUUCCACGCGUUUGGCAUUUGACACGACAGUUGUGACGGUCUUAGUCCGAGGGCUGUACGGAAAGAGCAAUCUUUUGAAACUCGGGAUCAACUUAUUUCUAGAAUAUCUCAAAGACCUCUUUUUGAAAGAAGAUAUCAUUUUUCAGAUCAAUACCGAGAUCUCUGGCCAACACCACAACUUUGUUAUGGGCUUUGAUAUGACUAACGUUAAGUCAAUUAUGCAAACGACAGGUGCGAUGAUAGCAUUCCCUGAAUCGACACACGACUGCCCGACCACUGAAGACCUCUUUUCUCAGCUGACUAUCGGAAUGCCUUCUUCACCGGCUUUCAAACGCAAGACAACCGUUACUAUAAAGGCCUCAAACGUGGACUCGUUGUUGAGUGCCUUCCAACUGAUCCAAUACUAUCUUCCGCUGUCUCUGACAUUCGAUCUGAAAGAAGGACAGGAAGUGAAUAUGACAUCAAUUGAGACGCUGUCCAAGAAAUGGGAAGUAAGCGUUUCGGUGAAACCUAAGCCCAAACAGAAUACUAAAACCGUUUGGAUAAAAGCGGCCGAAAAGGACGAAUGGAAACUCUUCGAAGUGAGACGUCUUGUCCUCGAAGCGCACGAGUUGAAGACCAAUGUCUUAAUGACAGACAUAUCCAGGAUUUGGGUCCCAAAUGAUUUGGACGUUUCCGUACUCAGUCUAAACACUACUACAGAAAGCGAUAAUAGCGUUGACUCCUUAAUCGAAAGAGAUUCUGUAUUUAAUAGAGCGCCGGGAGCUGAGCGCAAGUGAUGGCUAUUUUUAAAGAUAUUGUUUUUUGUUUUAACUCUAAUAAUAGUUUUUAAUGCAGUAUUUAAUGACUAAUCCUCGAGCAAUGAACCAAACAAUUGCCACAAAACUGAGGCUAUGAUUAUUUGAUUGAUUCAUAUUUUAGUAAAAUGUUUUUUUGUGUAAAUUUUUUUUGUUAU